UCUCUUUAACCCCAUUGGCUACUUUCUAAAGUCUGUUUUUUUUCUUCUUCUUCUUCUCUCUCUCUAACUCGAUUCCCACAAACCCUAAUUUUCUCGGAACCUCUUCUUCGCCGGGGAGAUUCGAAUCUAGGUUAAAGCAAUGGAAUCAGAUCAGGGAAAGCUCUUCAUCGGCGGGAUUUCAUGGGACACGGACGAGAAUCUCCUGAGAGAGUAAUUCAGCAAUUACGGCGAGGUUUUGCAGGUGACGGUGAUGCGAGAGAAAGCUACAGGUCGUCCGAGAGGAUUCGGAUUCGUUUCCUUCUCCGAUCCCGCCGUCAUUGACAGGCUUCUUCAGAGCAAGCACCAUAUCGAUAACAGAGAUGUUGAUGUGAAGAGAGCAAUGUCUAGAGAAGAGCAGAGUCCUGGUGGUGGUAGUAGACCAGUGGGGAGUUUUGAUAACGUGAGGACCAAGAAGAUAUUUGUUGGAGGUUUGCCUCCUGCGUUGACAUCAGAUGAGUUUAGAGCCUACUUCGAGACUUACGGUCCCGUGAGCGAUGCGGUGAUUAUGAUUGACCAGACCACGCAACGUCCUAGAGGGUUUGGGUUUGUUUCGUUUGAUUCUGAAGAUUCUGUUGACCUUGUUUUGCACAAGACUUUCCACGAUUUGAAUGGGAAGCAAGUCGAAGUUAAAAGAGCUCUUCCUAAAGAUGCUAAUCCUGGAGUUGUUGGAGGUGGUGGGGGUCGUGGGGAUGGUGGUUUCUCGGGGUAUGGUGGAGGUGGAUACGAGGGUCGUGUUGAUUCGAGUAGAUACUUGCCGCCUCAAAACGCUGGAAGUGGGUAUCCUCCUUAUGGUGGUUCUGGGUAUGGUUAUGGAAGCAACGGUGUGGGUUAUGGAGGGUUUGGAGGGUAUGGGAAUCCAUCUGGUGCGCCUUAUGGGAACCCUGGUGUUGCUGGAGCUGGGUUUGGAAGUGGUCCAAGAAGUUCUUGGGGAGGUCAAGCGCCGUCUGGUUACGGUAACGUGGGAUAUGGAAAUGCUCCUGCUGCUGCUCCGUGGGGCGGUUCUGGUCCUGGUUCAGCAAUGAUGGGUCAAGGAGGUGCAUCUGCAGGUUAUGGGUAUGGUGCAGUCGGUGGGCGGCCUAACAGCCUUGGCGGUGGCUAUGCUGAUGGUUCAGAUGGCUCUGGAGGAUAUGGGAAUCACCAAGGGAACGGGCAAGGUGGUUAUGGUGGAGGUUUUGGAAGUGGUCAUCAAGCUUUACAACAGUGAUUGGAGGAAGAAAGAAAGACUACUACAUUGUGGUCUUUUCCACAAACUCCUCUUUCCUCCUUAAGGAUGCCGCCCUUGACCUUGAUUAUCUAUUUUGUUAGUUUCUUAAUAAGUUGUUCAGGCACUCUUGAUGCUGAGUCGUACUUAGUAUUUCAUAUGAAGUUGUAGUGUGCUUAUUUAUAUUUGUUGCUUUGGAAUGUUUUUCUUUUCUCUAUGUUAGUGUUUGUGUUUAACAAUAACUUAUCCACUAUUCAUCUUUAUUUGCUGCAUUCA